AUGAAUAGAUAUCAAUCUCUGCUUCGGAUCUUCCGCGGAACUCUCAAAAUUACCUCUCAAUUUCGACGCUUCACACCAGUCACAAAGUGCAUCGUGGGUGCAGGUUUGUCGUCGUCGUUAGCGCUAUCAAUAUUUUCGACAGCACCUCAACCUCAGGUGGUGAUUCUUAGUGACUGCUCGAGUCUCUGGAGAUUAGCAAGGGUGCUGUGCGAGAAGGCUAAACUGAGCAAAAACAAAGCUGACAGAGAGGCGUUGAUGUAUGAGGCCUUCGCUGUUGUUGAGAAAGCUCUCGAAAAGGAACCGAAAGACGGUUGUUUCGGCGCUCAUAAAUGGUACGCGAUUCUUCUCGACUAUAUUGGAGAGAUUGAGGGGAAUAAGUCGCGCCUACAGAAGUCUUACAAGGUGAAGGAGCAUCUCGAACGUGCACUCCAAAUAUGCUCCAGUGAUGCAACAACGUGGCACAUCCUUGGCAUGUGGCACUUCUCAUUCGCGGAUAUGAGCUAUGCGACCCGGCUUGUAGCGAAAGCCGUCUUCGCGACGCCACCUUCAUCAACAUAUGACCAAGCGUUACAUUACUUUCUUAAAGCGGAGGAAAUUUCACCAGGAUUCUACAGCACCAACAUGUACUACAUUGGAGAGGUGUACGAGAAGAUGGGCAACAGAGAUGAAGCUAUGAAGUAUUAUAAAGACGCGUUUAAGAUGCCAGUCGUAACGGCUGAUGACCAAUCGAUACAUCAAAAGGCAGGAGAAGCUCAUGAAAAAUUGCGGAAAGCCGGGAAUUAA